GAGGCAGAAAAAAAGAAAGACAAACGACACUCUCCGAUUCCAACUGUGGGCUUUGGCUGGUCCGAGGCUUCAGCAGCAAGACGCUGAGGAGACAGAGCCCUCUCUCCGUGCGGGGUUGCGCUGUGCAGUAGGACUCCAUCCAGCUAGCCAAGAUGUCUAAGGGUGACCCGCGGGACAUCGACGAGGAUGCCAUCCUCAAGGGCCUCAGCGCCGAGGAGAUCGAGCAGCUGGAGUAUGAGCUGCAGGAGCUGGACCCGGAGAAUGCCAUGCUCCCAGCCGGUUUCCGCCAGCGUGACCAGACCAAGAAGACUCCUACCGGCAACUUCGACAGGGACGCUCUGCUGGACUACCUAGAGAAGGAAGCCAUGGAGGUCAAGGAUCGGGACGACCUGGUGCCCUUCACUGGAGAGAAGAAAGGGAGGGCUUUUGUUCCUAAGGCGGGGGCCGGCAAGAUCCCCGACCACGAGCAGAUCACCCUGGAGCCUGAGCUGGAGGAGGCCCUGAGGAACGCCACCGACGCCGAGAUGUGUGACAUCGCAGCUAUUUUGGGAAUGUACACUCUGAUGAGCAACAAGCAGUACUACGAUGCUUUGGGUGCAACCGGCGUGAUUGCCAACACAGAGGGCAUCAACAGUGUGGUUAAACCAGACGAGAUCAAAAUCUUCCCGGACGAGCCCCCAAAUACCACCAAUGUUGAGGAGACUGUGGCAAGGAUUCAGAAGAACGACGGUGGCCUGACAGAGGUUAAUUUGAAUAACAUACCGGACAUUCCUAUCCCAAAGCUGAAAGAACUUUUUGAGGCCAUGAAGUCCAACUCUCACGUGCAGUACCUGAGCGUUGCCGCUACCCGUAGCAAUGACCCCGUUGCACAUGCGAUAGCUGAUAUGCUUAAGACAAAUAAGCACUUGGUAAGUCUUAACAUCGAAUCCAACUUCAUCACCAAUGAAGGCAUGAUGGCCAUCGUCAAAGCCCUGGCUUCCAAUACCACACUUGCCGAAAUAAAGAUCGACAACCAGAGACAGAAACUGGGUGACUCAGUGGAGAUGGAAAUUGCCACCAUGCUGGAGAACAAUUCCAGCAUUGUCAAGUUUGGAUACCAUUUCGGCCAGCAAGGCCCACGGGCACGUGCAGGCAUCGCCGUUACCAGGAACAAUGACAUCUUCCGUCAACAGAGAGUAAGUUGAGAGAAGCGAAGACCAUCCCUUCCCAACGGCCUUUGACAGUGUCUCUGGGGCAUCCGGCUGCCAUGACAACAAGAGGCUGCAUCUCUGGAGUUACACACACCAACAGACUCACAGAGGACUCUUUAUUUAACAUCUCCUGUAUUACCUGGAUGGAUAGCUCACUGUGAAAAAAAAUGCCAUUCAACUAAAUUCGUUCUGUGAAUAUCCGUACCAUCAUCAAUGCUUUUGCUGUUUGUAGGCCUUGGGUUUUUGACAACGCCAGUUCUGAGGAUGCAAUAAAGGUGCUGUGCUUGUGAUGUUGUCAGAGAACAUUAUGCAUCGUAGCCAUGUAGACACAACAACAGGGGAAAUGUUUUGUUUUGUAGGUCAAACCAUUUCACUCAUCCAUGCCAAUUUUUUUCCAGUGUGGUGCUUCUAACAAACGUUCUUGUAAAUACUUUAAAUAAAAGACGCUUUAAGUUUUGUAUUCCCA